AUAAUGGCCGACAAAGAAAAUGCAACAAAAAUUGAAAAAAUGCCGAACUCUGAGACGAUGAAAGGGAUCUCUUCCGAAGAUGUUCCGUUUGAAGAGGAUAUCAUUAGAAAUCCCACGUCAGUAAAUUGUUGGCAGAGAUAUAUCGAUCACAAAUUGCAGAACAAAUCUCCUGCCAAGCAGAUGUUUUUGAUCUACGAACGUGCACUUGCAGUUUUCGAAAGAAGCUACAAACUUUGGUAUCAUUAUCUGAAAUACAGAGAAAGCACAAUUGUCAACAAAUGCCCAACAGACAACUCCUGGAGAGCACUCUGUGACACUUAUGAGAGAUGUCUCAUGAGAUUACACAAGAUGCCACGUAUUUGGAUUUGUUACUGCGAAGUGAUGAUCAAAAGAGGCCUCAUCACAGAGACCAGACGAGUUUUCGAUCGAGCUCUCCGUUCUCUUCCAGUCACCCAGCACAUGCGUAUCUGGACAUUGUAUAUCGGCUUUCUGACAAGUCACGAUCUGCCAGAAACUACAAUUCGUGUCUACAGAAGAUAUUUGAAGAUGAAUCCGAAAGCUCGUGAGGAUUACGUUGAGUAUCUUAUUGAAAGAGAUCAAAUCGACGAGGCAGCAAAAGAAUUGACAACUCUAGUAAAUCAAGAUCAGAAUGUUUCGGAAAAAGGAAGAACUGCACAUCAACUGUGGACUCAGCUGUGUGAUUUGAUCUCAAAGAAUCCAGUAAAGAUCUUCUCGCUGAACGUCGACGCAAUUAUUCGUCAAGGAAUCUAUCGGUACACGGAUCAAGUUGGAUUUUUGUGGUGCUCACUAGCCGACUAUUACAUUCGUAGCGCAGAGUUCGAAAGAGCUCGAGACGUGUAUGAGGAGGCUAUUGCUAAAGUGUCAACUGUACGAGAUUUCGCUCAAGUUUAUGAUGCUUAUGCAGCUUUUGAAGAACGAGAAGUGUCGAUUAUGAUGCAAGAAGUGGAACAAAGUGGUGAUCCGGAAGAAGAAGUUGAUCUUGAGUGGAUGUUCCAGAGAUAUCAACAUUUGAUGGAAAGAAAGAAUGAACUAAUGAACAGUGUACUUCUCCGGCAGAAUCCACAUAAUGUUGGAGAAUGGCUCAACCGAGUGAAUAUCUACGAAGGAAAUUACAACAAGCAAAUUGAGACAUUCAAGGAAGCCGUAAAAUCUGUAAAUCCCAAAAUUCAAGUCGGAAAAGUUCGUGAUCUCUGGAUCGGUCUUGCCAAGUUGUAUGAGGAUAAUGGUGACUUGGAUGCUGCUCGUAAGACGUUCGAGACCGCUGUGAUCUCACAAUUCGGAGGUGUCAGUGAACUUGCAAAUGUGUGGUGUGCGUAUGCCGAAAUGGAAAUGAAGCAUAAAAGAGCAAAAGCUGCACUGACAGUUAUGCAACGAGCAUGUGUUGUUCCGAAGCCAGGAGAUUACGAGAAUAUGCAAUCAGUUCAAGCAAGAGUUCACAGAAGUCCGAUUCUAUGGGCAAUGUACGCGGAUUAUGAGGAAUGUUGUGGAACUGUUGAGUCUUGUCGGAAAGUUUAUGAUAAGAUGAUCGAGCUUCGUGUAGCUUCUCCACAGAUGAUUAUGAAUUACGCAAUGUUUUUGGAGGAGAAUGAGUAUUUCGAGCUGGCAUUCCAAGCCUACGAGAAGGGAAUUGCUCUGUUCAAGUGGCCCGGAGUUUUUGAUAUUUGGAAUACAUAUUUGGUCAAAUUCAUUAAAAGAUACGGUGGAAAGAAGCUGGAAAGAGCACGUGAUUUGUUUGAGCAAUGUCUGGAAAACUGCCCACCAACCCAUGCGAAAUAUAUUUUCUUACUCUAUGCCAAACUGGAAGAAGAGCACGGACUCGCCAGGCAUGCUCUUUCCAUAUACAACAGAGCCUGCUCAGGAGUUGACCGUGCCGAUAUGCACUCGAUGUACAAUAUCUACAUCAAAAAGGUCCAGGAAAUGUAUGGAAUCGCGCAGUGCCGGCCCAUCUUUGAACGAGCGAUUUCCGAAUUGCCAGAGGAUAAGUCUCGAGCAAUGAGCUUGCGGUAUGCUCAGCUCGAGACGACGGUCGGAGAGAUUGACCGAGCCCGAGCGAUCUACGCGCACGCCGCCGAGAUUUCCGAUCCAAAAGUUCAUGUAAAGUUCUGGGAUACGUGGAAAAACUUUGAAGUUGCUCAUGGAAACGAGGCAACUGUUCGUGACAUGCUUCGUGUUCGUAGAUCAGUCGAAGCGUCAUACAACGUGAAUGUCACACUGACAUCUGUACAAAUGCGUGUGGAUGCUGAACGAAAGGCACAGGAGACUACGACUUCGUCGAAUCCGAUGGAUUCAUUGGAUCAGCAACAGCAGCAACCUUCGGAUGGAGCAGGAUCAAUUACUCAGGUCUCAAUGAACAAAGGAAAUAUUUCAUUUGUACGUGGAGCCGGUAAAACGGUACAACAGAAUACUACAGAGAAUCCUGAUGAAAUUGAUUUGGAUGAAGACGACGAUGAUGAGGAAGAUGAUGGUGGAGAUGCUGAUAUUUCAGUCAAAGUUGUUCCAGCUCAGAUUUUUGGAAAUUUGAAGCUCGCCGAAGAGGAGGAAGAAGCUUGAUUUUCAUUAUUUUUUAUUUUAUUUGUUGUUCAGGAUCUUGAAAAAUAAAUUAUUUAUUU